AGUUUUAAGUGCAAACUACUUUAUGUUGAUUUUUUAAGGUGCCAGGCGGAAGGUUGUGAUGCUAGCUUUAAUAGCUCGGCAAAAUUACUAAGACACGUGAGGAGACAUAACAAAGGUUAUGUCUGCAGUACACCUGGAUGUUCUGCGGCCUUUGACAAAUUUUCUAAGCUUGCUGUACAUGUCAGAAGUCAUGGUUAUGUGUGUGAGCAUUGUAACAGGAAGUUUUCACAAGUCUGGGAGUUAAGGAGGCAUGCCGCUGUCCACAAUAGCAAUCGGAAAAUGUAUGAAUGCCCCAGAGAAGGAUGCUCCCGAGUUUACACUAAAGCGUUUAAUCUGAGAGUGCACAUCAAAGCCUUCCAUGAAGGUAACAGGCCGUAUGUAUGCACUUGGGAGGGGUGUGGAAAAGGAUUCGCCCAUAAGGUUUCUCUCAGACAGCACCUGGUGCUUCAUUCGCAAAGGAGAAUAAAGCCAACACCGUCUCCCGAAGAAAAUUCACUGCAAAAGAAAAAGAAGAAGAAGAAACCUUUGUGUAUAGCUAAAAAGCUCAGUGGAUAUCGCUCUUCCCCCUCCGAAAGCUCGGACAGCCACUGCACAGAAACAGCGUCUAGAAGACGAAAGACACCAAACCAGCCGCAAAGGAAUGAAACCGACACUGUUAAAGACGCCUCUGAGAUGAACUCAGUUGACACCCACGAUGGCACGCCUCCAGCAGGUGACUGUUGUACAAGCUGUACUCCGCAAAGCGUUACUGAAUCGACGAACUUAAUGUCCUCUAGUAAAGACUCAGGAACGACCAGUGCAAAUCAGGACGGUUAUGGAAUGCAGAUUGACGUUAUUGCUGGUACAUGCUCGUCAUCCUUAGUGUCGUCAUGUAACAACUCUGCAACAACCUUUGGACGUCAGGGGAGGUCUGAGGAUAUGGAAGGUGAUGCUACUGCUCCUGCAGCUCCUUCGUCAAUCUUGAUGGCUUCAAGUAACGAUUCUGUAUCGACGAUUGCAACCAAAGACACUUAUGAAAGUAUGCAAGCUGGCGUUAUUUCGGCUUCCUCGUCAACCGUGAUGUCUUCAAGUAACGAUUCUGUAGCGACAAUUCCAAACAAAGACAUGUCUGACGAAACACAAGCCGACGUUCCUUCAGGUGCCUCGUCAACCUUGGUGACUUUAAGUGACGACCCAGUUUCGACCAUUGCAAACAAAGAAGGAACACAAGCGAGUGUUGCUUUAGCUGGCUCGUCAACCCUGGUGACCUCACGUAACAACUCCACAGCAGUCGUUUCAUGCAUAGGCAGAGCGGAAGGUAUCCAUGACGAAAUUACCUCAACUCUAGCGUCAACCAACUUUCAAGAAAAGCACGAAGAAGCAUUAACAGAUGACAAGAUGUUUUCGUCUUCGGAUGAAGAUAGAGAUGAUAUGGACUGGGAGCCGGCCGUUUUGGAACAUUCUGGAGUUGAGUCUCAUACGGAACGUGAUCUUGAACCUGAAAAAAGUUGUGAAAACCGCAGAUACAAUUUCAUUGGAACCGACGAUUCUUUAAUGACUGAGGACGGCCCAAAAGACAAACGGUCCUCCAUUGAACCACCAGAAAACAGUUCUACAAACUCACCUCAACGAAUUAACGCGGAGAUGGUUUCUACUGCACUGACUGCUGUCUCAGGUAGUGAUUCGUUUGAGGACGAUAUGCUUCUCUCUUUGCUGGCUGAAGUCUCAAGCUCGAUCAAAAAAGCAAAAGUGAGUGUAACGAGAAGUCAAGGAACCAAGAAAAGGAAGGGGAAAGGAAUGAAGAAAAACAUUGAUACUGCGGCAGAUGAUGGGCUUAUUGUUGAGGAACUUAACUCCGAGUCAGAGGAAAUAGUUUCAGUUUUACAACCUGAUCCACCGGCUACAGGUUUGAUAGGUUUUAGUAACAAUGGUGACAUCCAUGAGGGCGUGGAUGCCCUGGGAAGCACAGGCUUCCCAGGUAUGGACGAUGUACUUCAAGUUAUCAUUGAGGAAGAAGGAAACGCACUUGAUGGCUCUGAUCUUGAGACAGGUCUUCAAACUGCAGAUGUUAAUAUGGAAGACGAAUGUGUCGAGAUCAACAAUCCGGGCGAUUUAAGUGAAGAAAGAAAAUCCGAGUCGAUAAGCUCCAAAGAACAAGGGGUAAGCUUUCCAAGGGAAGAUUUAAAUUCCAAUGAGAGAGGCGAAAGCGGUGGUAAUUUACUCCUCGCUUGCGGGAGUGAUGAGAAAACUAACAGUAACGAUGGGGCAUUGUCCGACGAGCAAGACGCUAUAGAAAUGGACAGUUUUUGCGAAGUAUCAAAUGACUAUGGGAAUAUUAGUAGCGAAGAAGAAAGCAUCAGUGUUUUAGAACAGCAAAAAUCUACAUGCAGCAGCCUAAAUGCGCGCGGUGCACACGACAAGGGAAUUAACAAGCAAGACUGCUUCAGUGGCUCGACACAAGACACGCGCAAACUAGAAAAAUCACGUUCUGUCGCACGUGAUCAAGGUGUUGAGGAGAGUCAGGUGACACGUGAAGAGAGUAGUCACUCGGCGAGACGAAUUGCGCCUGAGCAGACUGUAGAAAUCAAUAAUGCGGACGAUUUGCGUUCCUCAGUGAAAAUCACCAAUGACCGCAGGGUUCCUAGAACUCUUCCACAAUCAAAUAGUAAGAGCCCGAGGCAGAAAAAUAAGAAAAACGCCAGUGCCAAAGGUUCAGUGAACGAGCGCAGCUCCAGCGCCUCGGCGAAACCAGCUGUCCGCAGCGCAGGGAAGUGUAUGGGUAAAAGUGCCCACCGCGCCAGUCAAUUAAAUGGUAACACUUCGGAAGGGAACGAUGUACAUACAGAAACAGAAGGGAAUUCUAAAACCAUCAAAAAGCCCAAAGAAGAACCUCGCGAAGAUGUUUCCAAGGCCAAGUUUCGAAGCAGGGGCAACAUUUUUGCUUGCGAUUUGCAAACGUUAGAGUUGCUGUGGAAUUUUAAAGGAAGGUAGUUUCUGUAGCUUUCACAGGUGCAAACAGUAACCUUGUGCGGGUCAUUAAUUUUCACGUGAUUGUCUCGUGUAACCAAUCAGAAUGUCGCUUCAUCGUGUCAGCCAAUCAGAUGCAAAGCUGGUACUAUCACCAAUUUAUACUUCACUGUGGCUGUUGUGCGUAUGAUUCCUCUAUCCACAGUGAGUCAGUGUCAUUGUAAAGUUAAGAAUUGUAGUGAAAUUAAUUUUGUAUGGAAGGGAGAACCAGAUAACGAAUUAUUUACUCCUCGAAUUUAGUUGACUACCAAAAUCAUCGCUAUAGAAGCAGUAAAGUGUUUUACAUGACGUCACGGCAGCCAUAUUUAUUUCCCAAAAAAAUAUCAAACGGCGACCUCGUUGGUGCCCCAAGCCAAUCGUGUGGGGGUUGAGCUCUUUACUUAAGUUACACUAUCUUUAGUUCCAAUAAGUUUGCGUUGCUGCUGGCCACGUGAGUGAAAACAUGCUAUAGCCCUUAUGCACUAGUUAAUUUCACUACCAAUCUUUACUUUAAAAAUGCAAGCUAAAUCUUAUCAUAAACAAAUUUUCAAAGCUGCAAUGAUGGAAAAAUACCCACUUCAUAACAACACGAAGGUUGGAAAAGUCUGCUUGUUAAAGAUGAUUUCCAGACUGUCUCAUCACCUCAAUGUUUGCGAGUCUCACUCGAUGGGAUGCAAAUCGAUGUUAUUCGUUACGAACCGCUUGCCUUAUCUUUGAGGCAUUUUAAAAUUUUUCCAACAGCUUCUUUGAUUUUUACGGCUACGAAGUUGUUUCAUCUUGUGAUGCCGGAAAGAGCGAAGCUGUAUAAAGCUUGGCAUCCGUGAUGGAGGUGACAAACUCGCAAUUCAUUUCUUGUAAGUAGUUGCGAAAUGUUACAUUUUGUGACGUCUUACAUGAAUCAAAACAGAAAACGUAAACCAACGCGAGAGCUGCGCAGUACGGACUGGAAAUCUAGAUUAUGCUAGAUUUCACCGAAACUAGGAAGUUGUUGUCGUAACCCAUAUGAGCCUAGCGUUGGAACUUAGUUCGUUGUUAACGAUCAUCACUGAGCAAAGAGAAUAGCGAAGCGCGCGACUGACGUCAUAACUCAGACAAACAAAACGGAAUGGUGGAAGAUUUGACGCUUUUUCAAGCCCUUAAGCAAGUGUUCCUAAAACGAUUUUUAAAAUGAAAAUUUGGCGUUCAUUUUCCUCCUGUUUCUCUCGGAAAACGCCAAUGUCUGACUCUCGUGGGGUUCCAAUAAUUUGCAUUCUAUUUUUAAACUUCGCGCGCUUCGUUAUUGCCUAGUGAAUAAAUCAGUAUUAUCAAUCUAUUUAGGUCUAAGAGGAGCUUGGAAGAGGCUGUCACCUUGUUUGAGUUCUCGUUGGAUCUUUGACCUCAAAAUACAUCAGUUGAAAUGUCUCGAUACACUUUUUUUUUUUGGACUAUUCCAAGUAUUUUCAAUCAGCUUUUAACAGUCUUCCUUAAUCAGAUCGAUAUGAAAAUUACACCAGUAGUUAGAAAUGGAUUGAAGUUUGGUGCAAUAUAUUUCUGGAGGCAAUCGAUGUUUCUAUGGAAACGAUAAGAAAAUUGAAAAUCGGUAAAACGAAUUUUGCGCGAACCAGAUGUUAUACGUUUAAAGCUACUACCUCUGCCUUAAACUAUUGUCAAUUGCAAGUAGAAUAUUCAAGAAUAAAAAUAUCUAUGUUUGAUCUCGAAUAAAUUGCAAAAAAUUUUCAAAUUAUCCUUUUUACAUUCAUAAUAUAUAAACCUGCAGUUAAUUUUUCAUGGAUUCAAAACUUUAAGAAACUUUUUUAUUCUUGUAUAUUCUACUUGCCAUAUACCAGAGUUUAAGGCACUGGUGUUAGCUUUUCCAUAUCACAUUUAGUUCGCGCAAAAUUCGUGUUUUACCGAUUUUUAAUUUCUUGGUUUAUCGUUUCCACGGAAAUCGAUUGCCUUAAAAAAACACAUUGUGCCCCAAACUUCAAUCCAUUUCCAAUUACUGGUGUAAUUGUCAUAUUGAUCUGAUAAAGUGAAGACGGUUAAAAAGCUGAUUGAAAAUGGUUGGUAUGGUUGGAAAAAAAACUACCGAACCACCUUAAUAUAGCGUUUGUUCGUUGUUCGUUCCCCCGUAAACGCCCCGUUCCUUAAUGUCGAUUUGGAAUGAGCGUCAAAGUUUUUAGUAAGACUGGGGAGAGCCCUGAAUGCUGACCAGGCUCGCGCGCGUCGUUUGCGAUAAUUCAGUCACUAGCACUUAUUUGAGUGUAGUUACGGUCUUAAAUAUUCUGCUCUUAUGAAGAGCAUUUCCUUCAGGCGUGAGCACCAGGUAUGUGGCAAUAUGACAAACCACGUAUCCUAGAACACUUCACACUUUUGCCUUCAAAUGAUCUUCUCCUUAACCUCCACCUUCCCGUAUCCAAUAUACAGUGUUAAUAUUUUUUUUCUUCCCCAUCUAUGUUUAGAGCACAAUGCUAAGAUUUAAUGUGGGGGUGGGGGCGCUAGAAAAAAUGUGGACGACCGCGGGAAAAUGGAAUAAUUAGUACCAACAGAAGACUGUCCUUGAGUUGGGUAGCAGCUCUGACAAGGUCUCACAAGAAUGGCUCGAUACCCUUUAAGAGAACAGGUUUUCACCUCUGUCCUAAUAGCAAGAAGGUGAAGUUUCGAUCGUGAUCGUUGAGCGUGUGAGUAGUAAUAUCACUUGAAUCAAUACCCCCAGGGACUUUUAAGUGCGCAACUAGGAACAAACGAGUUACAUAAUGCGAUCGGUUUAUCUUCGCCUGAAAAUAGCGUGCAAACAUUUUAUUGUCGUGUCGAGCAUGAACGAAAGGGAUUGACGCCAGGUACAAAGGAUGCUAGCGUUCAAAAGCUGUGAUGUUUGCACCUCGCACAUAACAUUAAAUAUGCAAGUAUCGAAAUAUUUCUCUUGUUCAACGUUCAGCGCUUGCCACAUGGAAGUUUUUAUGAACAGAUACCAAUGAGCAUAAGUUUACAAAGAGCGCCCCAUAUUCUGCUCUUAUAAAGAGCAUAUCCUACAGGUGUGAGUACAAGGUAUGUGACAAAAUGAAAAAUCAACAGUCUUGAGACGUAGCGGAGUUCGCUGUCUUCAAAGUACAGUUACACAUACCACCAGAUACAACGAUCAAGAUGUGUGUAAUUUUCAAAAAGCUUGCAGGCUUUGACAUUUAGAUGAAAUUAUUUCAGUUUUUUUUUUCUCCCAAGAAAUGAUAGGAAGACAAGAAAAUUUUUGAAAGUUGUUUAAAGCGUGUGACUAACAUGGACCACAUAUUUCUGAAGGUGUUCGUAAGAAAUGACCUUACUAUGGAAACCACCGACAGCCUCAAAACAAUCGGCACUUGUUCUUUAUUUCUUUUUAUUCAUAUCUUGGCUUUUCACACGAAAAUUAACCAUCGUAGUUUGAAUCUUUUGAGAAUCAUCCCGCCGGGAUGCAGUCAUUAUUUUUACAGCUAAGAUAUGUUUGAUAGUAAAUAACUCUUGCGAUCAAACAGAAUCUUGUACACAGAAUCCGCUAUGUUUGAAUAGGAAACAAUAGUCUCAGGGUGAAUAAAACACUUUUAAACUAUUGGUUCGCUUUCAGAAUUCAAUAAAUUAUAGCCUGAUUUAAUAUAUAGGACUUAAAUAUUGCGUGGAGUCUUGAGACUCGAUCCCAGAUUCUUAGCUGUUUUUCAUGCCAACAACACGACAGUUAUAAGUAACUUAUCAAAUUGACGGCGCGUGUUGUUUUCGUUCCAGCACCUGGCAAGUGUAAUUAAUACUAAGAACCUCGAAAGCAGUAACUUGGUCAGAAAAUACGAUCUGACGACCAGGCAGAUUUUAGGCUGUACCAUGACGGUCGUUGAAAUAGUGAUUAUGGCCGUACUUUUAGCUGCAAGUACCACAACGCUAAUAACUCUUUUUACGCAUUGCAAAGGCGAACACGGAGGAAAAAAUACUAGCAAAGACGAAAGGACAUUGACGGAUAAAGAAGCCGUGGCAUAACAUUGUGCGGAAGGGAUUCUAUACCGGAAAGGGCAAAAACAAAAACUCUCAGUGCCUUGAACAUUGGUUGAAGGAAAAUUUCAUAAACAAUGAGCAUUUAUAUUUGGUUUCUAUCAGGGAGUAUUGUAGUAUUCUUGAAGUGGCUGGAUUUUAAACACUUAAAAAUUGCGGUAUCUACACUCUACAAUUAUAAUUAAUAAUAAUUGAUUCAGUUGUCCGUCGGGUCAAAAUUACGUUUUGCAUAUCGAUGUGCGAAUGUACAUAUUUUGAGCUCUAGUAUUGUAACGUUUAACUUGGGUAUAUUUUUGUCCACAAUGAAAAAAACAAGAAAAGCUUACGGCAUAAAGACGAAUGAGGAAUUUCUUUAUUUGUUCGCAUUUAACAUGUCUUUGGCACGUCUUUAAUUAAUACAAUUCUUGUACAUUAGUCACCCAGGAAACGGAUUUGUUCACCAAAAAUUGUAUUGAUAUAUUUUUUCCAAUGUAUUCAAAUUAGUCAAGUGAUUGAAGCUUCAAAACAAAAUAAACGCCCUGUAUAAUCAUAACAAAAAGCAAGCGUAUAACUGCAACACAAGUUUCUUCUGAGAACGAGACACUCUUACGUUCAACGAGAAAUUAUUCAAGACCACUUGCUGCGUAGGCUGGAAAACGGACAGUUUUCUGACCUCCGGCCGGCUGGGAGUAGCACAGCACUAUGCUCAUAGUGGAAUCAAUAGCAGUUGCUACCUUCUUGAUGAUCGGUGUGUUUGGUGCGACUCUUGCAGUGUCCCAUUGUGCCAACAGAGGGCCAAUGGCCAGGACUCCAACAAGAACUGUAAACUUGAAAAGAACGACAGAAAGCGAGGAACGUGACCCUAGCUUGAUUAAAAUGAAGCGUGUUUGACUAGUCAAGCUGUCGAAUUACUCAGUGAAUUUUACAACGAAUGUACACUCUGAAAAUUAUCAUUUUGAGCUGUAAAAAUAAUCUAAGACAAAAGCUUUGUAACUACCUUAAACUGCGCUCUUCGAAUUUAAGGUAAUGUGAAAGUUCAUAAUAAACUACGAUAACUUCAGUUGUAUAACUUCAGGGCUUGAGAGAAGGAGAAAAUUCACCGAUUAUUUUACGCGCAUCACAGGCUUUGGGGGCAAAAACAGCUCUGAAGUGGACAAAACAUCGUCUUAUUGGAUUUCUCAUUUCCAAGAUUGGUUUUGCUUGUAGGAGCAUGAGCUGGUAUUAUAAGUUGGACAAAGUGUACGAUAUCUCAGUACUAUUAAUUUUCAACUGAAGGUCUUAGCGCAAUGACAUAUUCCCUCAUUCAUGAAUGACAACCUACCACCAAUAAAAUGAACUGAUUUUGUUCUUUUUUUAGUUA